AGGAAACCCUCCGUUCUGUGAGAUUCUGCAGAUGAGCUGAAAGUUGCCAGUGCAGUCUAGAAGAGAGGAGUUGAAAAAAAACUGAUAACGCUCACUAACAUACACAUUACCACACAGAACUAUUUAGUUGCUGAUACUGUCAUUUAUAACGAAAAAUAGUUUACUCGAGAGGAAUCUCUCCUCCAAACAUAUGUUUUGAUUUUGUAAUAUACGUUAGCUAGCUAGAUAACAAUCAUCACGGCUAGCUAACUGAAGUGACGCUGGCGGUUUUAACGUUAGCUUUGCAUACAUUCUAUCGUGAUUUUGUAACCCUUCAGAGUCGACUGUUUUUCUUGUCGAUGUUGAGAAUAAGUCGAGUGAGUCUAAAGGUAGUGUCGCUUUAAGAGGAGGCGGAGAAAGCGCCGCUGAUGUGUUGAGAGUGCUGAGUAUUCUAGCUACAACAUUGACCGUAUGUGUGCUUUUUUCCUUCAAUGGAACUCUGUCUCGAUGUUUCAUGAUUUAUUCAUGACUGAGAGGAACGUGACGUGCAGAGGCGGGUAAUUUAUAUACACAUUGUAGACUGACCUGGAGGCGGGUUCACGCAUAGAGAAGGUCAAUGUCAUACCAUAUGUCAGCUGUGUUGCAAGGAAGAUGAUAGAGAUGUCUGUUGACAAAGAGACUGUUUUGCCACCACAGGGGAGAUCAGUUGGCUCCCAUCAGCAAUCCAUGAGUAGCUUUAAUAAUAAUAAUUCGUCAGGGGAGACUCCUGCCAAACACAUUAGCAAGGAUGGCAGUGCUACAGAAGUUGAGAUGGGCAGCACAGCAAACACAGUGGAGGUUAAAACCUCGAGCACCAAGGAUCUGGAACAAAGUGACGUUCAGGCCCAGGAGUCUAACAGCGGCCUGCAGCACAACGCACAACAGCCUAAGGUCAACAAGCGGCGCAGCACUAUGAGCACUGGGUUCAAGCACCCCAUUUUUGGAAAGAAGCGUCGACGUGCCAAUUCAGAGAGCAAUCCCGUCCUUCCCACCAACUUCCAGUUGGGUGGCAACAUCUUUGACCCGCUCAACCUCAAUAGCCUGCUGGACGAGGAAGUGAACCGAGCACUGAACGCGGAGACGCCUAAAUCCUCCCCCUUGCCGCUAAAGAGCCGUGAUCCUGUAGAGAUUCUUAUCCCCAGGGACAUCACAGACCCCCUGAAUCUUAACUGCGGGGCCAAAAGAAACACGGGUGACCUGAUCUCACCCCUGAAGAGCAGCGGGCGGAGACGACACCGCAACCGCCACCACGGAGGUGCCGGAGGAGGGCCGGCCGGUUUGGGCGUCGCACAGCUGGAUUUUUCGGACGCCGAAAGGUCAGUAGAGGGGGCGCCCGCUACCGCAGAGGGCGUGCCCUCGUCCUCUUUAUCGCACCCUCUGCCUGGGGUCUCAGCGGGCAGCACUCUCCCCGAGGGCGCCGCCUUGCUGAACACCUCGCCGUCCACAGACUGCAACCCCUCCACGGUCAACAACCCCGGUGAGGACCUGAGGACCUCCAGGGGGCCCAUUGUGAAGCCCCAGCCUGCGCAGGGACUCGGUGCCGGUCAUGCUGCGCCAGCUGAUGGCUCGGACGUCGCAUUGGCACCCACCGCGGCAGGCCCGGCUCUUCCACAUUUGCCCGGUCGCCAGCGUAAGCGCCGGCGUGUAUCCAGCAGGUCUGAUAACUCUCGGGCAUCGUCGACAACCCCAGCCAAACAGGCCAGACCGGAGAAAGGCAGGCGAGCGCCUGGCCCGGGGAAGCACGGCCAGCCUUUCCAAACCCCGGUGGUGACCUCAGGAUCAAGGACAAUCAGUCGGCAGAUGCCCCACAAUCACCGUGGCACCAACCAGCAACCGAAGAAGAAGUUCCAGUACGGUAACUACACCAAAUACUAUGGCUACCGCAACCCAGGGGUGAGCGACGACCCACGGAUGGACUUCCUAAGGCCCGAGUGGUUCCAAGGCAGAGUCGUGCUGGACCUCGGAUGCAACACUGGCCACCUAACCAUGUUCAUCGCCAAGCAGUGUCUACCUAGCCGGAUUGUAGGACUGGACAUUGAUGGUGGGUUGAUCCACGCGGCCAGGCAGAACAUCCGAUAUUACCUCUCAGAGAUCCAGGCCCGCGAGGCCCGGCGGAACGGCACCGAGGACCAACCGCAGAGUCGCGGAAUGGAUGACCUGAAGGAUGGCAUGCUCGAAGAGCAGAGAGAGCAAAGAAAGGAUUCUGUCGAGGAGGGCCGACGAGGGAGGCCAGGGGCGGAUAGGGGUUUGAAGUCAAACCGAGAGGAAUGUGGCGGGAACUGUUUUGAACAGAGAGAGGUGGAGAGGAGUAACGAGCAAACGAGUGAUAAAAAGGAGGGGGGCGAUGGUGGAGGAGCAGGACCCCCAAAAGGGAGUCACACCUUCCCUGUGUCUCUUCGCAUCUCCCGAGGCCCCAUUGCUGCUCCGCCUCUCCCAAAAUCACCCAGCCAACAGCAGGGAAGCUUCCCUGCUAACGUCUCCUUUGUCACAGGCAACUAUGUGGUCGAGAACGACCAGUUUCUGCUCACUCAGAGGGAGGAGUAUGACGUGAUCCUCUGUCUCAGUGUCACUAAGUGGGUCCACCUGAACUGGGGCGACGCAGGCCUGAAGAGACUCUUUCACAGGGUCUACAGACACCUGCGGCCCGGGGGCAUCUUCAUACUGGAGCCGCAGCCCUGGAGCUCUUAUGGCAGGAGGAAGAGACUAACGGACACCAUCUAUAAGAAUUAUGUAAACAUACGCUUAAAGCCAGAUGACUUCUCCACGUACUUGACCUCAGAGGUGGGCUUCAACAGCUAUGAGCUCAUCGGAAUACCGAUGAACCUGUCACGAGGUUUUCAGAGGCCGAUCUACCUAUUUCACAAAGGACCGUCAAGGAAGUGACCGCUUUCGGUAAAAAUCAAGAACCCUGGAGAAGACAUUGGAUUUGUUUGGGCUACAUCAUGUCUUCACAGGUUUUGGGACAUCAGAUUGGUUGACAACAGAUUUGUAAAAAAAUUGGAAACGGGGACCAAAAGACGAAGUCAAGCAAAUCUUUGUAAUUGGACAUCUUUUCAACAUUACAUUAUUGCACUGAAAGGAAAUGGCUAACUCAGCUCUGUGAAGAUAUACAGGAGGGACAACUUUUGAAAUGUGUGGGAGCUUUUGAAAAGACUCUAAAGGAAGGAUGAGAGACAAACAGGUCUCUUCCUUUUGUGUCAUACUUUGUGUUAUAAUCAGUUUGUUUUGAACUUGUUUGUCACUUUUUUGUAACAGACCUGAAGACCAGUGACAAGCACAGACUCAAAAUUAUUAAUCCUUUCCCCCUCAAGUUAUCAAAUAUUUGUAAUCCUACCGAUACUUUUUUUGACAUGUUCAAUUUUAUUUUGUUCAUUUUUGUUUGUUUUUCUGAUCAACAUGCUUCACUUUUUAUAUUUUUUUUGCUGAUGGUGAAAGUCAUUUGUGUGGUUCUUUGUGUUUAGUUGAUUUUGAGAAAGUUAAUUGCUGUCUAAAGUGAUAAUGAGAAGUUUGCCACCAUUUUUAAAUUUAAAAUGGCGUUUAUUUAUGGCUGGUACCAUGGGUGGAUGCAGGGACACUUUAUUUUCCCCCCAUCAUCCUAAAAACGCUUAAGUACUUAACAUACCAGGACAAAGUGCUUGUUUUGUUUUUAUAAGUUAACAGAUGUACACUUUAAAGCAAAUUUUAAAGCAACCUGGUCGACCAAAUAAUUAGAUCAUUUUAGUAAACUCUUUUUGCGGUUGAGAUUUUGAGACAUGCAUUCUACAGUACUUCACAAUAACUUUCGUAAGGUCGUCAAAGUGCAUCAACUAUAGCACAAUCCACCAAGCCAACAUAUCUAUAACUUAUCCAUCAUAAAAGCUGAGCUAUAUAUUAUCACCUGGCUCAAGUGCAAUAUGCUCAUUUGGCCAUGAACAUGACCGGAUAAAGUAUUAUAUUAAAGCAGCUAUCCAAUUGCAUGUUUUUGUAUUUAAAAAAAAAUAUGGAUAAUAGUUGAAUAGCUAAAUGCCCAGUUCAUUUAUAUUUUCUUAUUCCAAAUAUUUGAUGAUUCUAAUUGGCAAUUUCCAGAUGUAUUUAAAAUACUCAAUGUUGAUCAAAUGUAAACCUUAAAUUGAACAGGUGCACCAGUUCCAAGCCUUGGUGUGUUAGCGGCUAGCAGUGGAGACAUUUGACCCUUUCUCAGUAGCACACUAUUGCUUUGUUUAAUUAGCAAAUAAAGCAGACUCUUUGUGCUCUGACACUCCCACCCCCCAAAUCACCGACUGCCGCUUUGGUUUCAAGACGGCCUUGGCAUGCAGGUCCACUCCCUGACAGUUGAUGACAUGGAGAGUUGUGUUUUUGUUGUUCAGGAAGAAAACUGAUUUGAUAUUUAGACGAAGGUUGGAAGCUUGAUGGACAUUUUGAAUGUUAAAUAUGAAACAAGAGCACUGAGUUGGGUGUUCAGUUUUCCAGAGAUGUUCAUGUGAGCCUCCAGGAAGAUCUUUGACAGUUAUCGUUUGUUCUUCCACCGUUCAAUUUGCACUGACUUGGGAUAAACACACACAGACGGCUCACAUGUCUUUGGUGUGUGUGUGAGACUGCCCUUGAAUCAGCUGGUCACAUUUUUAUAGACUAUUUUUAACAUGAAAUUUUGGUCUGUCGGAAAUUUAAUGUGAGAAAUAAGACCUUUUGUCUUUCAAAUUAGGUCAAUGUCUGACCUGAUGCACUCUAUCUGUUGAAGAGGCGAUAAAAAAAAUGAUUUUGAAAAUAAAAAUAAUCUCAAUUGGA